UCGUCCCACUGCCAUCAGCCAAGAGGAGUCGUCUACCGACAGAUAGCUAGCAGCAAGCGGCAGUCAUGGCGCAGGAGAGCCUGAGGCUGGUGUGCCCGCCGGUGACGCACCACGAGGGGCGGCUGCCGCGGCAGUACACGCUGGAGGGGCAGGGCGCCAAGAAGGACAUCUCGCCGCCGCUGGAGUGGUACGGCGUGCCCGACGGCACGCGCUCGCUGGCGCUGGUGGUGCAGGACGUCGACGCGCCGGACCCGGAGCGCCCCGUCGUGCCCUGGACGCACUGGGUGCUCGCCAACAUCUCCCCCGAGCUCAAGGGCCUCCCCGAGGGCUUCUCCGGCGCCGGGGGCAACGCAAACGCCGACAGCGGCGUCCAGGAGGGCAUCAACGACUGGAAGCAGCCGGGGUGGCGCGGGCCCGUGCCGGACUCCCUCGGCCACCGCAUCCAGUUCAGGAUCUACGCCCUCGACGACGUGCUCAGCCUCGGCAACAAGGUGACUGUUGAUAAGGUCAUGGAGGCCAUCGACGGGCACGUCCUGGGCGAGGCAGAGCUCACAGCCGUGUUCAUGGGGUAGACUCUGGAUUUUGACAACCGUGUCUGACCUGUUUGUUACCUCUUGCAAAUUGUGUGUGUGUGGGUGUGGCAUGUUCCGUAGUGUGCCUUGUUGAACGGCUAGCCUUGUAAUUUGUAUUCAAUAAAGGAAGUGACAAACUGAUCA